AUGCAUCGUGCGCCCGCUGCUAUGGUCACCAAACCUAUGACGGAUCCAAAUAUAACUAUUAGGACGCCGAGGGACCCGAAUACGCUCUCGAACUAUCUCAAUUUUGUGACCCGGCAUACGGCGGCGAGCUUUGAGAUCGAUUUUGCAAAAAAUGUUCUCAAAGGCGGCAUUGUACUUACACUUGAGUCAUUAACAGAUGGGGAGAGUCAAGAGAUAGUUCUGGAUAGCAGUUUUCUGGAUAUCACGGACGUCAAGGUUAACGGAAAGGAGGUGAAAUGGUCAGUGACGGAUCGCGUUGAACCGUACGGGAGUCCGUUGUCCAUCAAACUCGAUGGUAGGGUACCAAGUGGGAAGACGCUCGAUGUCGCCGUCCAACUUUCCACCACGGAGAAAUGCACGGCCUUGCAAUGGAUGACGCCAGAGCAAACGUCUAACAAGAAACAUCCGUAUAUGUUCUCGCAGUGCCAGGCCAUUCACGCUCGCUCCAUAUUCCCGUGCCAAGAUACGCCAGAUGUGAAGUCGACGUUUGACUUUGCGAUUAGGAGUCCGCUGCCGGUUCUUGCGAGCGGUUUGCCAACUGGGGCGAAAGAAUAUGUUCCUGGGAAAGAGGGGAAGAGCGGCACGCUGCUAUAUACAUUCGAGCAGAAAGUGCCGAUUCCAAGCUAUCUCUUUGCGUUGGCAAGCGGUGAUGUUGCCUCCGCGGCGAUUGGACCUCGGAGCACGGUAUGGAGUGGACCGGAGGAGCUCUUGGAUUGCCAGUGGGAACUCGCGGGAGAGAUUGAGCCGUUUAUGGAUGCUAUCGAAUCCGUGGUGUCCCCAAAAUACCAGUGGACGCAGUAUAAUUGCUUGAUCUUACCCCCAUCUUUCCCGUAUGGUGGAAUGGAGAACCCGGUCUGGACGUACGCGACCCCGAGCAUAAUAUCGGGUGAUAAGCAGAAUGUGGAUGUGAUUGCGCAUGAACUUUCGCAUAGCUGGAGUGGAAAUCUGGUGUCUGCGGCUUCUUGGGAACACUUCUGGUUGAAUGAGGGGUGGACGACAUAUCUUGAGCGCAGGAUCCAGGCUGCUAUUCAUGGGGAGCCACAUCGACACUUCUCCUCGAUUAUUGGGUGGAAGGCACUCGAAGAAUCCAUCGAGCGAUACGGGAAAGACCAUCGAUACACGAAACUCGUGGUAGACCUCAAAGGCAGUGACCCUGACGACGCAUUCUCGUCCAUUCCCUACGAAAAAGGGUUCCAUGCUCUCUACGCCUUUGAGCUCCUCCUCGGCAAACAGAAAUGGGAUACAUUCAUCCCGCACUACUUCGAGACGUUCAAAUUCCGCUCCGUCGACAGUUACGACUUCAAAUCCUGCUUGAUUGCCUUCUUCGCCUCGGAUCCGGAAGCAUCAAAGAAGCUGGAUGGAUUCGACUGGGACAAAUUGUUUUAUGCUCCGGGCUACCCGACGAAGCCUGAGUUCGACGACACGCUCGUUAAGACUUGCUACGAGCUUGCCGAUAAGUGGAAAUUCUGGGUUGAAGACGGCAAAGCAUUCACUCCAGAGAAGAAGGAUAUUUCAUCAUGGGUAGCGAACCAGUCCGUUGUCUUCCUCGAGCGUGUGCAGAGCUUUGCAGACAAAUUCUCAACUAAAGAUGUCCGUGAGAUGGGCCAAGUGUACGAGUAUGACAAGUCUCGCAACAUCGAGCUGGUCAGCAGGUUCUAUAGCAUUGGCCUCAAGAGCAGGUGCCACGAGUGCUAUAAGCCAACGGCAGAGCUACUAGGCAAGAUCGGCAGGAUGAAAUUUGUGAGGCCGUUGUUUCGGUUGCUGAAUGAGGCGGAUCGGAAAUUGGCGGUCGAGACGUUUGAGAAGAACAAGAGUUUCUAUCAUCCGAUCUGCAGGCAAAUGGUAGAGAAGGACCUUUUUGGCGACAAGAAGAAAGAAUAG